AUGCAAAAAGUUAAAAGAAAACUAGGAGAAGAUAGUGCUUCACCUCCAAAGAAAAAGAAAGUACAUUUCGAUGAAUCAAAACCGGACACAGUUACGGAUUUCGCACCAAAAAAUGUUAAGAAAGAAAAAUUUAACAAAAAGCCUAAAAAAGAGUUUCCAAAAGAAGGCGGAAAGAAGUUUAAUAAGCCUGAUAAUGCCAAAUAUCAGAAAAAUAAGCCAAGUUUUGUGAAGGGUAAACCGAAUUUUGAAAAGGGUAAAGGUAAGCCUGGUUUAAAAAAGGAUUUUAAGGGAAAGAAAACUGUGCAAGAGGGCGAACAAACAGAGAAGCCAAAAUGGUCAGAUAUGAAAAAAGAAAAGAAAUCGCUAAGAUUGGAAAGGCGUAAAGCAAAAGCUACACCUGAAUUAUUUGAAAUAUCACACAAAGCUAAAUUAUUGUCUGCACAAAUUCAAAGGAAAGUUGUGAAGCCGGAAUUUCGAGAAAACGCAUGUAAAGAACUACAUGGGCUGUUAAAAAAUCAAUAUAAGUCCAUUGCACUUACUCAUGAUCUAAGUAGAGUUAUACAAGUUCUAUUGAAGCAUGGUAAUGAGGAGAUCAAAAGUGAUAUUACCAAGGAGGUAAUGGAUAUUAUGGUGCCAAUGAUGCAAUCUAAGUAUGCACAUCAUUCUGUCAAACGGAUAUUGAAAUAUGGCACAGACGCUAUCAGGCAUCAAGUUAUCAAUAAGUUUUUUGGACACAUUAUAAGCCUAGCUACACACACCGUAAGCGCCCCGGUAUUGGACUUUGCAUAUGGUGAAUUUGCAAAUAAAAAGGAAAAGCUGUAUAUGCAACAAGAGUUUUAUGGUGAUAUGUAUAAAAAUACUAAAGAUGACAAAGUCAAAACGCUUAAUGACACAUAUAAGGACAGUCCCGAAAUGAAGUCAGCGAUACUACAGUCCUGUAAAGCAAAUAUACAAAAGAUUCUUGAUAAAAACCUUCAUGAUGGAGAAUUACUGCACUCGGUACUAUAUGACUACAUCAGGGAGUGUUCAGCAGAAGACAGAGCAGAGUUAAUAUCAACAUUGAGUACACUUAUAGUACCUCUAAGUAACUCAUUACCAGGUAUCAACGCGGCUAGCAUUUGUGUAUGGCAAGGCACAAAUAAGGAUAAGAAGGGCAUCCUAAAAGUUGUUAAAGAACAUGUGGUACCUUUGUGCAAGCAUAAGACUGGGUACAGGUUGCUCAUUGCUAUCUUCGACUCUGUUGAUGACACAGUGCUGGUUAAAAAGACUAUUGUGUCCACAAUAGCUACUAACAUAAAAGAUAUUGCUAAGGACCAUUGGGGUAACAUGACAUUACAUUGGCUUGUAAAACCGAAGGAUCCAGCUGCUUUCCAUCCGACUUUUAUAAAGUUUCUAGAAGAGGGCUUUAAGAGUGGAACCUCCAAAAAAGAUGCUGAACUCCGUAUCUCAGAACUCCGAGAGGCAAUCCUGCCAGCAUUAAAGAAGGAGAUGACAGAAGAACCAGAAUAUUGGCUCAGCAGCAAAGCGGCCAUGUUAUUUGCUAUUGCUGUGUUAUCAAUAGAAUCAUCUCGAGAAGUCCUAGAAGCCCUAGCGCGCGUGAUAUGCCGUCCCGAGUGGAAGAUAUUGGUGAAUGGAAAAGAGGUUUCAGCCAUUGAAGAUGCAGGCAUACAUAUGUGUCUGAAAAAACUUGCUGUGCUUGACAAGACUGAGACAGAGUGCAAAUUCGGGGAUGCCAUUCAUGAAUCUUUGGAAGAUGAAACGUUGCAAGUGUGGCUUCCAACUAAUAGAGGAUGUUUCUUCCUUUUGAAACUGAUCGAAAAUAACGAUGAUACUAUUGCUAAGAAGUUAAAAAAGAAGAUAUCUUCACACAAGUCAAUUUUGAAGCAACAAGUGUUUGAAGGUGCAAAGCUACUUAUACAAUCUGUUGAAAGUAAAUAA